CAGUCAUCAUACACAGACGGUCUUCGCUCUUGGCAGAAGAAGCUCUUCCCUCUUCAGGUAUAAAGAUGGGCUGUGCUAUGCUCUGUGUGCUAGCCUGCUGUGUGCUGCAGCUCGCUGCGGGGGCCAAGCAUACCACCGGACAGGUAAUUUUGAGCUCCAGCACCCCAGCUGUCCAUGAGCAGGACUGCAGCUGUGUUUGCACUCUCAGGCGCCCCUCUCUGGAGCUGUGUAUGCUGGAUAGAGCCCCCCCAUCCCCAAAGCCCCUCCCUGCCCCAGGGUCAAAGUGCAGGUGUCAGUGUGAGGUCACAGGGUUCAACCCCUGUGAGACAGAGCUAAAACUGGAGAAACUGAGGAGCAGGAUCACCGAUAUCGACAAGGUGCAGGGUAUCUCUGUGAUGCUGCGGCAGGCUCUGGAGAACGCUGACAUCAGGAGACUGAGCAGCAAUACCAACCGAGUCAGCAUUCACCUCAAAACAUUGGAGCAGGCCCUGCGGUCCAAUCAUAUGGCAGAGAAGGUGUUCCUGAAGAAGUUGCAGAGCUCACUAUCCCAGAAUGCCAUGCUGUACCAUAACUACAGUGAGGCAAUGAGGUCACUGUCCCGAGAGCUGUACAAACUGAACGCACACCUGAGGAGCCUCCGAGCAACACAGGGCAGACACACUGGGGAUCACAAUCUGGGUAACAUAACCUUAGAUCAGGACAGGGGGGCAAAGGUCAAAGAGCAAGGAGGGGCGGGAAAGGAACAUUCCUCUCCUAGCCUCUCCCCUAGUCCCGCCCCUAACCACACAACCACAUCCUCCUGGAGUGAGGAGACAAGCCAGCCAGGCAGACAGUGGGAGCUGUCUAACACAGUGUGUGAGGAUGGCUGCUCUGGAUCUCUAUCUGCGGUGAGCCCACCUCUCCAACGUAGUGUUUUCAGGAGGAGUGGAGAGGGGGCCUGGUUCUCGGACCCCCUUUCCCAGGACAGCCCCCUCUACGUAGCUCCACUGCUGUUCGGGAGUUCCCUGCUGGAGUUCAGAGACAUGGAGGCACUGGCGCGGGGUGAGAGCAGGUUCAGCUGUCUAUCAUUCAGUCAUCAUCCCAUCAUUUAAUAAUCCAUAAUUUACUCAUUCUUUCAUCUCCACAGCAUGUAUUCAUCACCCACCUCUUUACCAGUCAUUCAUUUUAUUAAUGUUAUUCAUUCACCCAUCUUUUAUUAAUUCAUCAUCCAUCUGUCCAGUGAGUCAUUCAUUGUUCAUUUACCAUAAUUAUUGAAUACGUUCAUCAUUCAUCUAUACAGCAUACAUACAUUAAUUUCUUAUUCACCUGUACAUCAGUCUUGCAUUCAUCACACAUUCAAACUUUAUUCAUUCAUCUACAUCAAGUUACUCAAUCAUUCAUCAUUCCAUAAUUAAUAUAUCCAUAAAUCCAUCAUUCAUUUAUUUGUCCAUCAUCUAUCCAUUCAUACCUUAAUUCAUCAAUCCAUACUUCCUUCAUUAAUUUAUCUAUUAUUUAUUCAUAUUUUUGUUUAUUUUAUUUAUUCAGCACUGCUAAAGAUCAAUCUCAGUGCUGUGUUAUUACUCAGAGU